AUGACGGGUAAAUUUGGCGAGCAGUCAUUCUAUCUACCCGAGCGGACCUCAGACUCUUCGGAAGACCCUGGAUUCGCUCAGUUAGUUCAACGUGUAGAGACUUGGGAUGAUUCAUCGGAUGUCAUCGAUGAAUUUGUUGAAGGAUACUCCAAGCAACGCGAGCACUGGGAGGCAUGCGCCGAGAGAGCGAAAAGUCUGAUUGAGGAGAAACUUGUGGACGCGAGAGACGUGAACAAAGAAGAAAUACUUGCUAAGGUAACUUCGCGAGCUAAAGAGAACAGAAGCGUAUUUGAGAAGCUCAAGUUGCGCAACUGGCAGCGAAAAGAGGAAGAAGGCAAAAAGGCUUAUCAAAGUGUAGCCGAGAUAAAUGACGAUCUGGUAGACCUGGCUGGUGUGAGAGUGGUACUCUACACACCUAACCAGGCUCAACGUCAGAAGGUGAAAGAGAUCCUCAUUGACAUCUGGGGCACCACCAUCGAUGAAAAACCACAUGUUGAUUCGAGGCCCAUGAAGAAGAAGGAUGGUGCUCGCAACAUCUACGUUCAACGGCACCUUGGUUAUCAGGCAGAUCACUAUCGGACUCCCAUGCCAGAGAAAUAUGCGACACGGGGAUACCGUUACAGCAGGGGCGAUCGGAUCGAGAUUCAAGUUGUUUCAGCUCUUGGACAUGCUUGGGCUGAAGCUGGCCAUGACGUUCUGUACAAGACGCACGCAUACGGUCGCCCUACGAUUGCGGAGCAGCGGAUUCUCGAUGCUCUCAACGGCUUGAUCGUAUCGGGCGACCUCCUUCUUGAGCAAUUCCGCGAGUCAGUGACUAAGAGAACAGUUGAACCGUGGGAACAUGUCGACCAGUUCAACAACUUCCUGCGACAAUCCGACAUUCUCGAGCGGAACGACACCGACAACAACACUGUCACUCAUUGGGAGCACUUUUCUCCGCCUGCGGCUGAUAUUCUGUUCCGGUUUCUGAAGAAGGUUGACAAGAAUUUCGGCUUGGCCGUGCGUAACGAACUCAAGGACCUUCAAUAUCCACUGGCUCCGGAGACGAAACUCCAGGAGAGACUGCGAAGGUUCAGACCCAUCAUUCCCAUUAAUUCUCAAUUCUUGACAACGUUUUGCAUUAUUGAACACCUGCUUCCGGAACGCCAACUGAAUGAGAAGCCUGACCUUGCGCGACAGUGUCGCAUCAUGAUGGACGCAUUCAUACUCCUCCAGACCUUUGCGGGCGGCCCGGAAGCAGCAGUGAUAUAUCUCAACAAUCCCAAGGUCAAUAGAACAGACACUGAAACCACUGGGCUGAACGCAGUACUAGGAGAUUCUCAACGCGAACGUUGUCUUGCCGGUGCAGAUGUAUCGUUUCUUGAAGAGAAAUUGCAGUCGGCCUGGGCAUGGUUCGAGAAGCAGGCAUCCAACCCAAAGUCAAUAUGCGGUCUGCUAUUCAGAUUAGCUGAAAUGGAUGUUCCGGCUCAAGAGUUAGACAACCCUAGAAGAGUGAACGAUUUGGCGAUUGGUGCUUUACCUCGUGUACGUUAG